AUGUCGAGCUUGAGGAGGCGGGGGUCACAGUCAGUCCCUGACGGGCCUGCUGCGGAGAGAGAGGACUCAGAAGAGAAUGACACUGCCCCAGAGGAGCCAGCGAGGCUAGAGAUGUUUGGAAUCAAUAUCGAGGAUGUCACAUAUUUUUUUCUUCUUCUUGUUCCAUUUGCGCUUUCAUGGGCGAUCGGAUACUUCGGCUUCUCCUCGAUCUUCAUCGUUGCCAUUACAGUGUUUGUUUACGUGAUUUCCUUUUCCAAGCAGAAAUACAAUGACAGACACAGAUAUUUACAGCAGCUUCUUGGUACCGCCAGCGCUGUGGCUGAGCUCUCAGAUGUAGAGAAAACGAAAAAGCUAAACGAAGUACGGUCGCGAGGGAUUCCCACUCGUCUCCUCUCAGACUCAUUAUUCAGUAACGACCAGGAGCGAGCCGAGUGGCUUAACGAAAUAAUUUACCAAUUAUGGCCGUUUAUCUCACGCAUGAUACACAAAAUCCUGAAAGAAACCGUCGAGCCAACAGUUCGUGAUUUGAUUCCUCAGCUGAAAAUCUCUUUCCAGAAAAUUGACUUAGGGGAUGUAGCCCCGCGAAUUGUUGCGAUCAAGGUCUAUCCGCAGAGUGACGGCGGAGACAAGAAUCGCAUCGAUUUCGACUGUCAGCUCGCUUGGGUUUCCAAUGCUGAAAUAAAUGUUGGAAUUCUCGGCAACCAAGCGAAGAUAGAGCAACUUAUGUUCUUUGGGAAGAUGCGCGUUUCGUUGGCUCCAUUAAUGUCUGACGCGCCGUUAGUCGGUGCGAUGUCGAUCACUUUUUUGACUCAACCGGAUAUCGAGUAUUCUCUCAGUGGACUCGCCAGCGUAGCCAACACUCCCGGAAUCAAGUCGACUGUUCAACGAGCGAUCGAUGACUCCUUCGCGUCAUUGCUAGUUAUUCCCAAAAGAAUAAAUAUCGAUAUUGCCCCGAGUGAAGUUCAUUUCCUUAAUUUUCGACUGCCUGAAGGAAUCAUUCGCGUAACAGUGAUUCAAGCGCGCGAUUUGGAAAACACUGACAAGAUCGUAUUGAAUUUCGGCAAGCCGGAUCCUUAUGCAAUCGUCAAAAUUGGUUCGGAUGUGGGCCAGACCGAUCACGUGGACGAAACUCUCGAUCCAGUUUGGCUGCACAAGUUCGGUGCCGAGAAAACAACAUUUGACUUGUCAGUUUACGACUUGACGAGUCAAGAGGUAUUAGUUGAACUUUGGGACAAAGACAUUGACAAAGACGACUUCAUGGGCGCAGUACGUGUUCCAGUCAACGACGUUUACCUCGAGUUCCAAAACUACUUGCGUGCGCAGGAGAAGAAAGCACUAAAGGAUGAUGAAAAUCUGACAGAGGAUGAAAAAAGCGCGCAGGGAUUCUUGGAGAAAUGGUUUGAAGUUGGGGGAAAAGAUAAUGCGCAGGGAACGCUGAAGCUGAAGCUGUCGUGGCUUUCGUUCGCAAGUGAUAGUGUUAAACAAAACAUUCCUCCAUCUACACAGUUCAAUCACUACUUCGUUGGCGUGUUCAUUGAUCGUCUGGUCCAUUUACCUGAUAAAUACCGAGGUCGCCCGAUUUACGUCGAAGUUGCUCUUCAAUCAAAGAAUGACAAUAAGACGGAAAAACAAAUAACUUACAAUGGAACUGCCCCGGACUGUUCUUUCGCGGAAGUUAAGUGGUUCUUUUGCAAAGAUAUCUACAAUUACCAUUUGACAGUAAGCGUAAAGCUAGCAUUCAAGGAUAAGGUCAUUCCUGGCUACUGCUUCCGUAUGCAUCCGUGGAAACUUCUCCAAAACACUCGGUCGGAUCAUCCAUGGUCCAAAAAGAUCGAGCAAGCCGUCAACACUGAAAACGAUGGAGAUGAAAAGAACAAAUUCAGACUAUUCUACACUGUUGCUGUUCGCAAGCUGGAUGGGCACGAUGCCGCGUUUCGAGUUCCCAAGAUCGAGUCAAAGAAAGCGCCCAAGCAUGGCCAUAUGCCUGCCAUCAAGAUUCCGUCUACAAGUAAUGUAUCUUCGGCGAAUUCUAUCGGCAGCUGCAUGACGCUCCAAGAACUUGGGGAACCAUUGUGCCAUUGCGAGCUUACAUGGAGAUACUCUCCAAACUCGCAGACAGUUGUGGUUGUCGUUCACAAAGUCAGUGAAAUGUUCCCCGCAGGCGCAAAGAUCAAGUGCCAGUGCGGAGAUCGGGCAGCUGACACUAAAAAGCACCCUAACAUCGUCAACGACAAAGUAGAAAUAAAGAAAUGUGCCGAGAAUACUGCUGGACGAAUCGACAUUCUGGUUCGAAAGGGAGGAAAGACACUCGCUCGAGGGCACGUUGACAUAGACAACACUUUGCGUCAAAAAGUUGACCUCUAUAAACAGUAA